UGCGCGCCUCUGCCUCGGUCCUCUCUCGGUAGUUUAUUUCUCCUCGUCGCUGCAUCUUUCGGUUUCGUCCGCGUUGGGGACUUAAGGGGAGUCGUGAAGUAAAGACGGAAGGUGCUAGGAAGGUACGCGGCCGCGGGUGGUGGAGUCGGCCGGAGAGCCAGCGGUCAACGGUCCCGUAGGGCGAGGUACCGGGUCUCGGCUUCUGGAACGACCGGUGGUGACUUCUUCGAGGAUCGGCCAAUCGAGACCGUCCUUCGACCCCAUCCGAAACCAGAAGUCCGCCGUUGGCCGGCUAGCUUCCUGGCCGUGAGCGGAUCGCCCGGCGUUCUUCGAGCUUAGGACCACGCAGAGGCAGUCCAUCCCGAAGGAUACAGAAACGCGAGCAUCAUUACCGGAAUAAUGAAGAGAGAGGCCGAUGGUGGCGCGAUGACGGGUUCCGGAGGGCCCAUGAGUCCCCACAAGAGAUACCGCCAGGGCGACGAUGAGCUGCGUCUCCUGAUACCCAGCAAGGUCGCCGGCUCGAUAAUCGGCAAGGGCGGCCAGAACAUCACGAAGCUCCGGAGUCAGUACAAAGCCUCAAUCACUGUACCCGAUUGCCCCGGACCCGAACGGGUCCUGACCAUCAGCUCGGACUUGGACACUGUUCUCCAAGUGGUGAACGAGGUGGUGCCUAAUCUGGAAGAGAAUGGCACGAAGCACGGGACCGACGAAAUCGACGUCCGGAUGCUGGUGCACCAGAGCCAGGCCGGAUGCGUCAUCGGGAAGGGGGGCUUGAAGAUCAAGGAGCUGAGAGAGAAAACCGGUGCCAGGAUCAAGAUCUACACGAAUUGCUGUCCCCACAGUACCGAUCGGGUCAUUAGCAUCUGCGGGAAGCCGGCCACGUGUGUGGAGAGCAUCCGGGAGCUGAUCGCCACCAUCAAGACGUCCCCGAUGAGGGGCGUGAACAACCCUUACGACCCGCACAAUUUCGACGACUUCUACGCCGAGGAGUAUGGAGGCUACGGAAGCGGAGAGGGAGGCCAGGGUAAGUCCGGCGGUUACGGAGGCUCCGGCGGCCGCGGGGGCGGCGGCGGAGGCGGCGGCGGCGGGUCCGGCGGCGGAGGUGGCGGAAUGCCCCCGCGCCGCGACAACCGCGGGGGCGGCCCCCCCGAGAUGAACCGCGGCUUCCCCCCGCCGCCCCCCAGGGGUGGCCCAAGGGGUGGCGGGAUGGCCGGACCUCCGGACCGCGGAUUCGGCGGAAACUCUCGCGGCGGAGGUGGCGGAGGCGGCGGAGGCGGCGGCGGCGGCGGUGGAGGCGGAUUCGACGGCGGAAGGCCAGGCGGAUACGGCGGCAACAGGGGUGGACCCUCGCCCUAUUCUGGCGGGGGUGGCGGAAAUUACAACGACAACGGAUGGGGCAUGCAGGGUGGAGCGACGAACGGUCUGGGCGGCAAUUCCGGUAUCGGCGGCCCAUCAUUGGGAAAUAAUCAGGGCAACCAAGGUAAUUUGGGCGGAAACAAGACCAGCACUCAAGUCACCAUACCCCAAAACCUGGCCGGGGCCAUAAUCGGCAAAGGCGGCGCCAGGAUCAGGAAGAUCAGAUCCGACAGCGGCGCCGGGAUAAUGAUAGACGACGAGCUCCUGCCUGGUAGCAACGAUCGCAUCAUCACUAUCAGCGGGUUGCCCAGUCAGAUACAAAUGGCACAGUACCUACUGCAACAGAGUGUACACGAGAACGCGGAUAACUAUUAGAGGACACCGAGGGCGAUUGCGGGAGAGCCAAAGAUGCGUUUGUAACGUUUUUAUUUUUUUUUUUUUUAAGGAAUAUUUCACGGGGAAAACCGAGACACAUGAAAAGCAAACUAAAAAGUGGAAUCCGUACCGAUACAUGUCCAUACAUAUUCAUACAUAUUAUUGGGCUCGUGCGUGUGAGUGCGUAUGCGUAAUACAUGUACGUGGGCAGGUGCGCUAAGCCGGGAUCCCCACCUUUACUCAAUUAAAAUUUUCAUGUCUUAAUACGUUGUGCUCGCUUGGUAAUUGUGUACGUGAAUCGAGAGAGAAAUGGAAUUUUUUGUAGAAGUGAUCUGUACUUGGAAAGCUAACAUCCUCGCUCGAAAGACUAACAUUUCAGUGCAUGGUGUUAAGAUAAAGUGGGUUUAAUUUUGUGAAGGUGGAGGUGCCGGCUUUGGGCACCUUACGUGGACGGUCCUCUCUCGAGGAAAGGGUGCGGUCGACGAGCGUGGCCUUGACGAGGGAACAUAUUUUUUCAGACGACUUUCUGUAGUCCCACAAAUCUCUAGAUUACACACGCAAGCUUCUAUUUCGCGGGUCCUGGCAGGGGCGCUUUGCCGACGUCCCUUGCUUCGGUCCUUUAGGAUAAAUUUACCUGUCACCCUUAUCACCACACACUUUUGCGAAGGUGGUUUCAUUCCGGGCGAGCUCGCGCGAAACUAAAAACUGAGUACAACUUAAUUUAAUCUACCUAAUGCUAAUAUAUACACCACUUUCCGUUCUUCUUCUUCUUCUUUUUUUUUUUAACAUGUCCCCUUUGCUCUCCCACCUCUUCACGCUGAAACUCGAGUAACUCGGUUUGCAUCACUUCUAUGAAUCAUUCCAGGGCGACUGAAAAGAGAUCCUCGUUUCUGCUCCGAGCAGACGUACCCAUUGCACUCUUCAACAAUACAUAUUAAACCAAUUAGUUUUACCUUGCGAUUCUUUUAAUCCAUGCUUUUGCAACGAAUAAUGCGUAAGCUUCCAAGGGAACAUUCUAUGUGCUCCGUGAUAUUCUAACCCACCAUAUGCACCUAACAAAAACUUGUGCAAAUUUUUCUUCGAGCUCUAUUACCUUCCCGGAAUAAAAUAAGUCGCCCGCCUCUUUACGUCAUUUCAUCAUGCCUAAAAGAAAAUCAGUAACAUUAAUCGAGGUUAACAACAAUCUUUGGGCAAAUCGCUCGCCCUGAAACCACCUUUUAACAUGCCCCGGAGAUUCGCCGCGUCUCUUCGCGCAAUCGUGACCACCAAUCACUCCUCCUCUUCGGAAGUAACCGUACUUGUACUCUGUACUUGUACAUUGACCUGGCAAAUGAGACGUCAAUUCUCGCCGAAGAGGAAGGAACCAGCCGAACACUCGAAGAGAAUAGCGGCGAUGCUGCUGUAAAUAAGAAAAAUUAACAUUCUGCCUCCGACCGCCGCGUAGUACGCAGUUCUCGUACUUGCAUUAUCAUUAUUAUUAACAUUAUUAUAAUUCUUAAUAAUAAGAGUAAUUAUGUCCCUAUUAUAACCCAUCACCCCCUAUGCUCUAUAUAUAUAUUAUUAUAUAUGUAAUAAUGUUAACACGAGAGAGAACGAGAGGGCCCCUCUUCUAGCUAACGCGUACACGGCGUUGUUAAGGCUACUCACGCCGCGAUGAAAAGUAAGAAUCUAACGAUAAUAGGGACGCGGAUAAAGAGGAGUAAUGGCGAGGGCAUCGCCGACGUGACUCGAAUUCCAGAAGGAAUUCGCACAACGGGGAUUCUUUCCGAUAUCUGCUGGAUUUCUCUCCUCUCGCGUAUUUCGGAAGACGAACCCCCAAGAGCCGAGACGACUUAUUGUGCGAUUGAAAAGUGCGAUCACAGUCAGAGAUGCGAACCUCUGCAGGCUUCCUUCCUAGACGAAGAAAUGUCACUUAUUGUUAUAUCGUCCUUUUCAAUCAUGUGGUAUAGACACGUCGUUGACAGUUUUUCCCAGACCUGUAAUAAUCCGAGCGGUACCAAUUGUCUGGUCGAUAAUCGCCUCCGUUAAUCCGAUCGAUCGAUGUAGUGCCAAGGAAUUCCGUUUGUUGGAAUAUGUUGGAAUAAUUAGAUCACGCCAAGUUUGUUCGUCUUAGUUACCGAUUUGGAAAAUCUCGAGUCCUUUCAGUUUUUGUUGUCCAAUCGAACCGCGAACGUGGAAUGGUGGAGUCUUGUAAAAUGUGUCGGUCAUUGUGCUGUUUUUUUUUUUUUUCUUGUGGUGGAAGGGUAUCGAGAAAUUUGAUGCGUGGAUUGUCAACAGGGAUGAUGAUUCGGAUGUUAAUGUAUGAGUGGAAACUCAAGACUGAUUUUAUAGAAAGUUCAUUUGAAGUUUGGGGAGUUUGGUUGCUAGUGCAAUUGAGACGUUAAGACUGGGGACGUUUUACUUGGGAGGCUCAUUUGUCUAGUAAUUCUUGUAGGUAGGGAAUGAACUCGUUAGGGUUAGCGAAGGUUAAAAUUAACCUGACAGGAAGAUGAAGUCAAUUCCUCGAACGGGAAUGAUCGUGCGUUAUCUGGGCACAGGCAGGAAAUACUAGCGAUUGAAGAUUAAGAAGUGUAACGUUGUUACUGCUUCAGGCUAGUAUUCUUAUCAAUGUGUCUCUAUCUAUCCAUAGCGAGAUAAAGCACGAUCUGUACAUACUUUGUAAGAAUGAAAGAGUCAUGAUGAAUCGUGGCAUUUCGAGAAAUUGGAAAUACGAUCUAAUCAUGCUGUCUUGUGCUUCUUGUUAGGAAAUAUCUCCUUACUUAAGCAAUGAAAUUUAAUCAUUCGAUCUUUUUCACUUAAUUUUCAGAAGGAAGUGCAUGCGUUUAGUUAAAAAUAUUAAUGCCUAAGUAAGUACUAAUACGAACUAGUUUUUGGCAGAAGAGUAAUUUGGCAUUUGUAUAAAGAUGACAGGACGUAACUUAAAAGGAAAAAGACAGAAUACGCAUUGAAACACUAACGUCCCAUUCAUCGUUAGCAAUUAUCGUAAUUAUGCCAGGGAAAAGGGUUGACAAUGAACCGUAUUUAUAAAUCAUAAUCUUUAUUUUCCCUGCGUGAUAAGAAAAAUUCCUGGUGACUGUCGGAAAAUGAGAAUUUCUUGGUAACCUUCUCGCGUUUCACCAUUCCGUCGGUUCGUAAUUAUUUAUUCUUAAAAACGACGUUUUUGUACACGGAAAAUGUGCCUAGAUUCUUCCAGCGAUUAUUGAAUCAACGUUUACAACAAAAUAUGGUUGCAGCAUGUCGUGGGUAAUUUACCUAUAUAUUAAUCCACAAAACGAAUGUAAGAAUAAACGACCGUAAUUUUUAUUGCUGGCAGAUAUGGACAUCUUCCAUUUACAAACGUCGUUGGGCAUUGGUAAAAAAUCAAAAUCUUGUAUUAGUAUUUAUGAGAACGAAUUAGUUUUGCGAAUGCAGGCUAAUAAUUUUCUAAGUGCCACGUCGGCACUAACGACGUGCAUGCGUUGAUAGCAGCGGUAAAAUACGGCGACGAUAACGAGCGGAAAAGGGGAAUUUGAGUUUUGGAUCAAUCCGGGUUGAAAAAGGAAGAGAGAGAGAGAAAGAAAGAGUGAGAGCAGCGUGCAUCACUAUUUUCCAAAGUCGCGUUCCAUUUUCCUCGGGUGUGCGUCAUCGAACGGUUUUCAAAAUGGCUCUCGAAAAAUCUAGCCAGAGGUGUAGCUGCUCUCCUAUCGAGAGGUUCGUCCAGGACCUUUCUAGGAGUUUCCUGCCUCUUCCUCCCAAUUUUCCCGCUACAUCCUCAGGAAUAAUCGAGGGCUUUGCGCGCUUACACUUCCCGAUUUUCUCCAUUCCCUUUCGUCGUACAUGUAUAGCGGUUCCUUCGGCUACCCGAUGCCUCAUCAAAGGUGUCAGAUUUGACCAAAAUAUGUCUAAAACCAUACGUAUUUUGUACCGGCACUUCCUGGAGCACUUCGGUGUCUCCUUGGCCCUAAACCUCCCUCGUCUCAAUUUGCAACCUUCCUUCAGUCGCAGAAUUUAAGGGAAACCCGUGUGUACAUUGAACUGGAAGUUAAAAAAGAGAACACUGAUUUACAUGUAAUAAUAAAAUCCAUCGUUUGUAUACCUUGAUACAGAAGUAAGAAAAAGCCGCAACGAAACGUCGAUGUUUAAACGUCGUUGCUUUUGGGACGUGCAUUUAUUUUGUAUGAUAUUGUAUUUAUUACACUUCCGUGCAGACGCCGCGUGGGUUCUGUGCGCUCUGCCGUUGCAGAGAAAUAGAAUGAUGCUGAUGAUGUUCCCCCCUCCCCAUAAAUGAUUGCAGUGUAUUUAAGGAACUAAGCACAGAAUAUGUGUAUUAUUGGACGUAUUUUUAUUAUAUCUGACACAAGCAGACUUCUCGGGAUACAGGGGUAAAUUAUCGAAAUGUUCCGCCCUUGUCCGAAGAAUCAGACAUAACAAAAUGGCGCGACGUGCGAUUCGGUCGAAUUGUUCGUAGACGAACGUGUCCGAGACUCUGUCAAGUUACCAAAUCGAUAUGCGAUUCAUUUCUUAAACGACCGUUUAACGCAGUACACAUACAUGCACGGGAGAAAAAUUGCAAGUGUGAAAGAAAUCGAGAAUUCGGGGGUGAGUGUGUGCGAAGGAGGGCUGGAGGGGUUGGAAAUUGUGCGGAAAGGAGAACGAAAGGAGGAGUGAAAGAUUUUUGAGAGAGAGAGAGUGAGAGAGAGAAAACUAAUCAUACGUUCGCUCGUUACACACGAUACGUGUACUAUAAGAUUAUUAUACAGUUUACAAUUAUUUGUAACGAAUACUUUUUAUUUGUCAAAUAAAAGUUAGUACAAACGGCCA